UGACUGGCGGUGUACUUCCCCACACUUCCACGGCGGUACAGCAGUACAGGCCCCACAGGCGUCACCGCGUCAGUCGAGUCACUGACCACUCUCCUCUCAGUCGUCGUGUUUCGCUGUCGUUCGUUGUCGAUCCACAUCGCUUAUCCGCCUUCGUGUCUCCGUCAGCGAAAAUUAUAAAGAAAAUAGCGCAACGUCCGGCACGAUAUAAUGGCCACCGAAAUAACAACCGCUGAUAGCCAAGAUUAUAAAUUCAAUCCCUUGAAUUUUGGCUCCUUACAUUUCACCGUCAAAGCGUCAAACGAUGCUCAUAUUGCAUUAACUGCUACUGCAGAUAACAAGCCGCCCAAAUAUGAGAUAUUCAUUGGUGGUUGGGGAAAUACAAAAUCUUCUAUACGCAAAAAUAAUGAAGAGCCAGACAAGGUUAUUGUUGAUACUCCAAAAAUAUUGAAUGAUGGCGAAGCUAGAGGAUUUUGGAUCAAAUGGGGAGGUGGUUUUAUUGGUGUAGGAAAACAAGGAGAAGAAAAACCAUUUAUGUCAUGGCAAGAUGAAGAAUCUUUAAAUGUGUUGUUCUAUGGUGUGCGUAGUGGAUGGGGAUCUACAGGUGUAUGGACUAUUGAAGAUAAUAUUUACAUAAAUACUGAAGAUUCUAAGGAGUUCAUAUUUAGAACUAUACUUCAUGGAUCAAUAAGUUUUUCGGUAGAUAGUGCCAAUGAUGCACAUAUUGUUUUGGCAACUAAAAAUAAAGAAUCUGAACCUAUGGUAGAGGUACUACUUGGUGGCUGGAAGAAUACAGCAUCUGCCAUUCGUUACAACAAGCAAACACCAGAUAAGGUGCACGUUGACACUCCUCAGCUUCUGUGUAAAGACACUCCAAAGAAAUUUGUCAUUUUUUGGAGAGACGGUGUUAUUGAAGUGUUUAGUGAAAAAACUAAAUUAUUUGAAUGGAAAGAUUCAAGUCCGUUUAUCAUUUCUCAUUAUGGAGUUCGUACUUGUUGGGGGGCUGUUGGCAAUUGGCACAUUCAUGGUGCAGCAGAUGAUCAAUUUAAAAGCAAAAUAGUUGCUACCCCAAAACCAAAACCUUUAAAAGGAAAAGCUCCACCUGCAGCUUCACCUGGUUGGAACCUUGAUGGACCAUCCUCUGGUCCAGUUCAUUGGGUUCAUUCUAGUAACGGGCAAAUACCACCAAAUGCUUUACCUGGUGGUUUUGAUGCUACCAACGAACAGCUAUAUGUAGCCAGAGCAGAACAUAAUGGUGCUCUGAUUCCUGGUAAACUUGUUCCUUCGCAUGGUGUUGUCUAUAUACCUUGGGGUGGUAUUGAGAAUCCCAAAGAAAACUAUGAAGUACUUUGCAACUGUAAUGGUACUUGGGUAAAAGCCAACAAUGGAGAAAUCCCAGUAGGCGCAUUAUCUUCAGGUCACACAGAAGAUGGUGAACCAUUGUUUGUUGGACGUGGUGAACAUAAUGGUUCUUUGACUGUUGGAAAGGAGAAUCAGAAUAAUAUAAAAUCGCAGAAAACAAAUAAAAUAAUGGCUCAGAAUUCCUUAUAUUUUCGCUCUGAGGAAAGUUCUUACAUAGAUACAUUGAUAAUGAAAUUAUUGAAGAGUUCGAUGGAGAAAGAAAAUGAUGACCAUGAUGUUUUUGGUGCUUAUGUUGCUAUGGAAAUGAGAAACUUGAAAACGGUUGAUGCACAGAAAAAAUUAAGAGGAGAAAUACGAGAUUCUAUAUCUCGAGUUAUCCGUGAAGAAUCUAUAACCACAAUCGACAAAAAAAAUCCUAAUUUAGAAAUUAAGAAAAUAGAUAAUGAUUUAAAAAUACAAGAUAACCUUUUAAAAACCAAUCUCAGCUCUUCUUCAGAAAACCAUCUUGAUGGGGUCCCUAUUUCUCCAGAAAAAAGAACGAACAGUUGGGAACUUCUUAAUUAAUUAUUGGUUCUUGUUUAAUAUUACAUACACAUUAGCUUCAUAUAUUUUUUUUUGAGAACACAUACGUUAUUAAUACAAAAUGUAUUUCUUUUAAUCUAAAGGAUCAUCUUUUUUCAUCACAUAUUUUCUUUGAAUUAUAUCUAUAUUUAUUAGAAUUAUUGUUUAAGAGAACAUUACAGAGAUAUUUGUUAUCUCUGUCUUACAUAACAAAUAGUAAAUGUAUUAUGUAACGCAUUUGUAAGAUGGAGAUAGAUAACAAAUGGCUGUAUGUUUAAGGCUAUUCCAGCAGAUAUAAAAUAAUGUAUACAUCUUAAUAGCAAGAAAUAGCCAAAAGUAUACAUAAAAAAGGAAAGAACUGUAUUCAUAUUUUAGUUACAUUUAUAGAUAAAUUUAAUUAUAUAAAUAAGUAAUAAAGAUUUAUUAUAUUGUAGAUGUUAAGCUACAACAAAAUAUAUACAUUUAUUGGGAGACAAAUAUUAUUAUUAACUUAUUAGUUUGUAGUUUAUAUUUGUGUUGUUAAAUUUAGAAUAUACUUUUGUAAUAUCGUUUUGAAUAAAUAUAUUUAAUAUAGCUUAAA